GUAUCAGUGGUGUCUUCACGUAAAUAUUUGCUAGUAACAAACGGCCUCUCACAAUAUCCCUAGUUGACAGUCAAAUAUAGACCAUAAAUACCCAAGAUGGUAACCCCAGAAGUUAAAGGAAAAAUGAAUCACAUUGUUCUUGUUUCUCUUUUGCUUUCAGUUUCAUGGGCAACUUAUAGUAGUAAAAUCCAUGAAAAUUUCAUACAAUGCAUGUCAACUGAGUUCAAUGCCUAUACUAAAUCCUUUCAAACCAUAUUCACUCCUCAAUCCCCUUUGUAUUCAUAUAUCUUGCAAUCAUCUAAACAAAAUUUGAGAUGGUUGAACUCAACAUCAAAGCCUCAUCUCAUCAUUACUCCAUUUCAUGAGUCUGAAAUCCAGGCAGUAAUUCUUUGUAGCAAGAAGCAAGGGUUCCAAGUUAGAGUUCGAAGCGGUGGCCAUGACUAUGAAGGUUUAUCUUUUCUAUGCAAGACACCAUUCAUCAUCAUUGAUCUUGUCAAUCUUAGAGGGAUUGAGAUUGAUAUUGAAGAUGAAACAGCAUGGGUUCAAACUGGUGCAACACUUGGUGAGCUUUAUUAUGCUAUUGCAAAGAGAAGUAUAGUUCAUGGAUUCCCAGCAGGAUUAUGCCCUACUGUAGGUGUUGGUGGACACUUUACUGGAGGUGGGUUUGGUAUCUUGUUAAGGAAAUAUGGCCUUGCUGCAGAUAAUGUCAUUGAUGCUUACUUGAUUGAUGUGAAUGGGAGGAUUCUUGAUAGACAAGGAAUGGGAGAAGACUUGUUUUGGGCUAUUCGAGGGGGUGGUGGAGCAAGCUUUGGAAUCAUACUGUCAUGGAAGAUCAAGCUGAUUCGGGUUCCACCAACUGUGACUGUAUUCACUGUGCCAAAAACUAUUGAACAAGGUGCCACCAAGCUUGUCCAUAGGUGGCAAUACAUUGCAGGUAAACUACACGAAGAUCUCUUCAUCAGAAUCGUCAUUCAGAAUGUUGGAGGAGAGAGUACUUCAAACAAGAAGACAGUGGAAGCUUCCUUCAACUCACUGUUUCUUGGAGGCAUCGACAGACUAAUCACCUUGAUGAAUGACAGUUUCCCUGAGUUGGGAUUGGUACCUGAAAAUUGCACAGAAAUGAGUUGGAUUGAGUCUACAGUCUAUUUUGCUGGAUUUCAGAAGGGAAGCCCUUUAGAGGUCUUACUUGACAAGACUCAACUAUACAAAGCCAAAUUCAAGGCAAAAUCUGACUUUGUAACAGAACCCAUACCUGAAUUUGGACUUGAAGGAAUAUGGGAAAGGUUCUUAGAGGAAGGGCUAGUGUUCAUGAUAAUGGACCCUUUCGGUGGAAGAAUGAAUGAGAUUCCAGAAUCUCAUAUUCCUUUCCCUCACAGGGAAGGAAAUUUGUACAACAUUCAAUACCUGGUGAAGUGGGAUGAGGACGAGGCUAGAGCAACACACAAGCAUGUAAAUUGGAUCAAGAUGCUAUAUAGGUACAUGAAACCAUAUGUUUCCAGAUCCCCAAGGGCUGCGUAUCUUAAUUAUAGAGAUCUUGACUUAGGCAUUAACAAGCAUGCAAACACAAGUUAUUCUGAGGCUAGGGAUUGGGGUAUGAAGUAUUUCAAGGGCAAUUUCAAGAGAUUGGUUCAGGUGAAAAGCAAGGUUGACUCGGAAAAUUUCUUCAGAAGCGAACAAAGUAUUCCAAGCAUCCAUACAUAAAGGAGAAGGCAGUGCAAAGAAAAAGAAAUAAUGUGUAAUGUGUUCCAUGUGAGUGCAAGGCCCUUUUUAAUCGGCUCUACAGGCUUUAGGUUCAAAACAGGGAGCCAGCAAGGGGGCAAU